ACUCUGUCCAUGAGCAUCGGUAGUGUUCACUGCAGCCCCCUCAGUAUUUCUGAUCUAUCACAUUUUUGUGUGUUUUUGUGUGUGUGUAUAUAUCAUGGCUGAUCGUGUGUGAUGGUCAGAGUGUCUGGUGGAGGUUGGACCCGCUGAGUCUGAUCCAGGGGGAGAUAAAUCAGGAGAUAAAGAUGAUCAGAGAUCUGCUGCUGCAGUCGCUGAACCUCAGCACGCUGCUGGCCUGUUCCGUGCUGAAGGUGCCGCAGAUCGCCCUGCUGACCCGGACCAAGUCUCCUAAAGGUAUCAGUCAGAGAGGACUAGUCCUGGAGCUUUUAGGGUAUAUUGUGUUUACAACAUAUGAGAUGUAUCAUGAAUAUCCACUGGAAGCAUACUUGGAGUACCCUGCCCUCAUAGCCCAAGAUACUGUCCUGUUCCUGCUGAUACUUCACUAUGGAGGUAACCUGAGACAGAGCCUCAUCUACAGCCUCCUUUUUGUUGGGGUGUCGCAGCUCCUUACUCUGAAGAGCUGGAUCAUUGAUUCAGCAAUGAGCCUGUGCACAUUGAUGAGUGCGAGCAGUAGGUUUGCUCAGUUGCAGUGCCUCUGGCAGACCAAGGAUGCAGGUCAGGUGAGCGCUCUGACUUGGGCCAUGUCCACAUACACUUGCAUGGCCAGAAUACUGACUACUGUUCUUACUUCUGGGGAUCUGAAAGUCCUCCUGCGGUUUGUCAUCAUGAGCACGCUGAACGGCUGGGUCCUGGCUACUGUGGUCUUCUAUAAGUGGAGUGGUGGAAAGCUAAAAUGACAGACGAUUCAGACACUUCUAUGGUGACUAAGUGAACACUGCCCUGCCACUCACUGACCAACCUGUGACCAAGCUGAGGGGAACGAGUGAGGCUUCAUUCGCCCAGGGGCCAGGCUUUAGACUCUCUUUAGGCCAGUGCUGUUUAUGAACUCAGAAACCAACCAAGAUCCUUUCUCUCAGUGCGUUUCCUAGUUUCCUCAGAGUUUCCCAGAAACUAGUGAUCUGCAGGAACUGGGUAUAUUAUCAAAGCAUACAUAUAUAUACAUACAUACAUACAAAGUAAACAUAUUACACCUUUACUGAUCAUACGCACAAUCAGCAUCAUACGCACAAUCGAAGCUCAGUACUCAUCUGAAUGACGGUUUGGGUGGGAACUGCUGUUAGCAAGCAUCUGUUAUUCAAAUGUUUGGGCACAUGUAUGCUGCAGUAACUUAGUUAUUUUAAUAUUGUCAAAAAUGUUUAGUUUUCAGAAUAUCAUAACAUAUUUAGACAUAUUUAGAAAAAUGCUGCAAAAUACAAGGAGCAACAGUGUACUUUUUCAAAUCAUGUAACUUACUCAAAAUGUUUACAAUUGUUCACAGUUGUUGUAAUACACUAAUGCAUGUACGGUAACUGUCAGUAAGGCUUGGAAAAUUUAUUUCUUUGGACAUUUAUUUCUUUAAUAACUCACAUAUGCGUAACCGCACUAUUUAAUUACAGUAUAGCGCUGGAAUCCAGUGAGCUCUUUACAACCUCCCAUUGUUUUACUAAUGUUAGCAAAGCCAGACUGAAAUACUUCAAAUUUAGUGACUGAUUAAGAUCUGUCCCAGUACUACUGUCUAUACUCAUUGAUUCAACUUAGUUGAUUACCAUUUAUUAGUUAAGUUCAUCAUGUGUAAGGAAAUACACAAAAACCAUCAACUGUUCUAAACAUCUUACCCUCAGCUUCCCAUCCCUCCCUACCUUUUUAAAUGCCCAUGAAUAAGAGUGUAUGAUU